UUUCAGCUCGCAAUGUGACCGAAAGUAGUCCGUACGUGCCUCUGUGCACAUCCGCGGCCCGUGUCAAUGGCCUGGUAGAGAGAGGUCAGGCGAGGCGAGUGUAUCUCGGUGGGAAGCGGGGUGCAGAUUCGGAACAGGAGGGAGAAAAUGCGGCGCAGGGUGACGGGCAGGGUGAUGGAACUGCUAAUGCUCGGCCGCGGCGGAGCGACCAGGAUGACCGGCCUUCUGCUCCUGCCGUCAUCCGCGAAAACAUCCGGCCUGCUGUCGGCUGUGGAGAACGGCGUGCAGCGGAGGUUUCGCUCCACGUCCUCCAUGUCAACCUACUCCGAACUGGCCAGGGAGAGGUCAAAAACCGUUACCUCGUUUUAUAACCAGUCGGCCAUCGAUAUCUCCGCGGAGAAGCCUUCCGUCAGACUUACACCUGGGACGUUACUCUAUGCAGGAAAGUCUCCGGAUGGAAACCACAUACUGAGCAGCGCUCGGUACCUACAUAAAGAACUGCCGGUGCGUAUCGCUCAUCGCAUCAAGGGCUUCCGAAGCCUGCCUUUUAUCAUCGGGUGCAACCCAACCAUCCUGCAAGUGCACGAGCUUUAUAUCCGCGCCUAUCACAUGCUGAGCGACUUUCCAGCGAUUAAAGACCAGGAGACAGAGGCUCGUUACAGCAAGCUAGUCCAACAGCUCCUCGACGACCACAAAGAUGUAGUCACCAUGCUCGCAGAAGGAUUCAGGGAAUGUCGCAAACACAUCCAGGAUGAAAUGCUGGUUCGUAAUUUCCUGGACACAACGCUGACGUCUCGUCUGGGCAUUCGCAUGUUGGCCACGCACCACUUGGCUCUGCACGAGGAGAACUCGGACUACGUGGGCAUCGUCUGUAGGCGUCUGUCUCCUAAAAAGAUCAUUGAGAAAUGGGUGGACUUUGCAAGGCGACUCUGCGAGCACCAGUAUGGAAGUUCUCCCCGCGUCCGCAUCAACGGUCACGUGGCUGCCCGUUUUCCGUUCAUCCCCCUGCCUCUGGAUUACAUCCUGCCCGAGCUCCUAAAGAACGCAAUGAGGGCCACUAUGGAGAGCCAUUUGGACACCCCGUACAACGUCCCUGAUGUGGUGGUUACCAUUGCCAACAACGAUACUGACUUUGUCAUCAGGAUUUCCGAUCGUGGCGGAGGCAUCCCCCACAGCAUCACAGACAAAGUGAUGGACUAUCACUUCAGCACGGCCGAACAGAGCACGCAGGAUCCGCGCAUGAGCAACCUCUUCAACACCAUGACCAACAGCGGCCCUCAGUCUGGCCCGAUGCACGGGUUUGGCUUCGGCCUCCCUACAUCCCGAGCGUACGCCGAAUACCUGGGUGGCUCCCUCUCCAUCCAGUCCAUGCAGGGCAUCGGCACGGACGUUUACCUGCGCCUGCGCCACAUCGACGGGAAAGGCGAGAGCUUCAGGGUGUGACGCGGUGGCACUGGCACUGGAAUCGCCACGGACUCAUCAGCCGGAGACCCGGAAGCUGUCGACGGUCCUUCGCUCCUUUCGUUUCAUUUAUCACGUUUUGCAUUUUGUAUUGCAUGAAAGAGUCUGGAAUGAACUCUGAGACGUUGCCGGUCUGACUGGACUCGUGUGUAUCUGAGGUCACUGAAGGAGAAGAUAGACGGUCUGCUCACGACUAUGAUCUCCUCUCUCGGUUCGCUUUAGGAUAAAAACUGAACUUUUAAAGGGCUGAAAGCUCUUUUUGGAGGACUGACGCUGAGGGGGGAAGGUUUAUGGUCGGUUAUAAAUGACCGUCCAUACAGAGAAAGCCUGUGGAUUGUAAAGCCUUAUGGAAAUGUUGAUCAGCCUGCUUCUUGUUCUCUGCACCAGCCCAGUGUUUAACCAUAAUCUCUGUAUGAUUCACAUAUUGACAAAUGACACAAUGGUUCUUUAUUAUUUCUUUUUUGGCUUGUUUGUCAUAUAAAAUUAUAAAACAUUUGAGAAUAGUUUGACUCUCUUGUGUAGAUCUGAUUUGGUUUUGCUACAUUCCAAUAGCAAAUAGUCACUAUUACUGUACAAUUAAAAUAAAUGACUAAUAACUGUUCUUAUGAAGGAUAUUUUGAGAAAUGGGUUCUGCUUCAACAGGGUGCUGCUUGUAUUGAAGGACAAUAUUGAUUUCUGGCAGAGGUUUGCCCUCUGGUGAUGAAACCUUAAACUACCACUCUCACCCAAGCUAUUGGAUAAUUUGUUGUAAUGCUGUAUUCCGUGUUGAAGCUAACCAACAUAAGCAUUUUACCAUAGUUUUUUUUGUUUUGGUGAACAUAUUCGGCCAAAUUAUCGUGCGAGAUGUUCUGAAUGAUAUACAUGGGAUCAUUUUAUUCACUUAUUUGUUCUUGGUUUUGUUUUUUCUCCCAUAGAUGCCAAUUUUGCAUAGCUUCUUUAAGGGCAUUAAAACCGUUUCAAAUCUG